AAUUCUCAGUGAAAAUUAUUUGACUGAAUUACAUAAGGACUCAUUUGAAGGCCUGCUAUCCCUACAGUAUUUAGAUUUAUCCUGCAAUAAGAUACAAUCUAUUGAAAGACGGACAUUUGAACCACUACCUUUUUUGAAGUUUAUAAAUAUGAGUUGCAAUGUAUUGACGGAAGUGAGCUUUGGAACAUUUCAGGCCUGGCAUGGAAUGCAGUUUUUACAUAAGCUAAUUCUCAGUCAUAACCCUCUGACAACUGUUGAAGAUUCAUAUCUUUUUAAAUUGCCAGCAUUAAAAUAUUUAGACAUGGGAACAACACAGGUGUCACUUUCAACAAUUGAGAGCAUUCUCAUGAUGACCCUUGAAUUGGAAAAACUGAUAUUACCUAGCCGUAUGUCCUGUUGUCUCUGCCAACUCAAAAAUAAUAUUGAGGUUGUUUGCAAGACAGUCAAGCUGCAUUGUGACGGUGAAUGUUUGACAAAUGCCACACGUUGUGAUGAAAAAGCAUCUAUAAUGAAUGUAGAAGGAUCAUUCAUGAAGGUAUUAAAAGCCCGGAAGAAGAGUACCAGUACUGAGCUGACAAUUGAGCCAGAGAAGGCAUCCUCAGACAAAAAUGGCAUCGGUCUGUCAGCCUUUAUGAAUGAGCAGUUAGACUUUAAUGAUGGUGAUGUUAUCAGUGCGCUGAAUUACAUAUUACCUUAUUUCUCAGAGGGAAAUGUAGAAGAUGUAGAAUCAACAUUACUACCAUUCAUUAAAACUCUGUUUUCAAAUACCCUUCCCAAGGCUAAGAAUUUACGGAAGAGGUGGUUUAGAAAAAACAGUGUUCUCAAGGGCCCCAAGGACCUACAGAAAAGGCACUACAAGGAAGUGGACGUUCAGAGCACCCAAGGGAACAGAGUGCCCAGUCAUUUGUGAAGAACAUGGCCAAAGAAAAGAAGGCUCAGUGGACCAUCCCCAAGGGAGCUGGAGGAGCUUCACAUGGCCCAGAGGCCCAGGAAAUUAGUGGGAAACUCCGUCCACACAGAGUCUUCAUUCAUAAAGGAGCACAAGGCAGCAGCCUCUUCUUUCCCGAAGCAAAACAUAAUGGGCAAGCCUUCUGCCUCCACUCCUCCAAAAUCCCUACCUAAGGUGAAAAACAAAUCAGAAGACUCAACCUACCCCAUUGUUGUUUUAGAAGAUGCGAAUGCUAGAGUUAGGGAAAUGGAGGCUUCCAGACCAGUCUCGCAUUCUGGAAAAAAGUAUAUUUUCCAUAAAAUUCGCUCACGUAUAGUCCAAAGAACACCCAACCAAAAAAGUAAAAAGUUCAGAAAGAAAAACUCACUCUCGAAUAGAUUGAUGCCUGCACAGAGGCCUCCAUUGCCUGCCGUCAGGAGCCUCAUCGAUUCCCCUUCACAGGAGGCUAUUUCAUCUUCAGAAAAAACGAAUUCAGGAAAAUCCUUUCCAGAAUUAUUUACUCUUUCAGAACCUUCUAAAGAAAACACUACUGUAGAAAACACUACUGCACAGAAUGCUUCUGAAGAAAUUAUUUCUCCAGGAAGCACUACUGUAUCAGAACAAACUCCCCCUGAAUUCACAAACCGUAGGAAUCUUUCCAAUACAUAUUCUACUACCACCAGAGACAACUUUGUGCCGACUGUUAAACAAACCAAUGAAACACAAUGGGAAUACCACAACUUGGUCACUGACUUGCCCCCAAAGCCCACAGGCUUCAGUGUUGCAAAGCUCUCAUCCGCAGGUGAUCUAUUUGAAAUUCAGCACCAGCAGCUACGGUCCCUCAUCCCGAAUAAUGACGUGAGAAGGCUCAUUUCUCAUGUUAUCCGGACUUUGAAAAUGGACUGCUCUGAGACCAAUGUGCAACUGGCCUGUGCCAAGCUUAUCUCCAGAACAGGCCUCCUGAUGAAGCUUCUCAGCGAGCAGCAGGAAGUAAAGGUGUCCAAGGCAGAGUGGGAUACAGACCAAUGGAAGACUGAGAACUAUAUCAAUGAGAGCACAGAAGCCCAGAGUGAACAGAAAGAGCAGAAGCCAACAAAAGAAGUUCCAGGUUAUGGCUAUAACAACAAAACUCAUCUUGGCAAUAUCUGUGACUGUAGUAGUAAUGAUUUUGAUUAUAGUUUUCUGUCUCAUUGAG